AUGCUGGAAGCUUUCCAGUCAAUCAUCGAUGUCGGCAUCAACUUCAUCCCCGGAGGCGCCGCUCUCAAUGGAGCCAGGGCCGCCAUCCAAGGAGCAAAAACCUUUGCUGAGAACGGGCUCGAGGCCGCUUCCUUCUUUGGCGACUGGGUUGGACCUGCAUGUGGAGUCCACGACUGGAACUUUGACCUCUUUGGAGCGUUGAUCGACGCGCCUGACUCCAUGGGGGUCAGCACCGGCUGCCACAAGAAGGACAAGGCGGCUUGCAAGAGGAUGGAGUCUAAACCUGAUCCAACCAAGAAGCCAGAUAAGCCGGCAGUCCAUUUGACGGAAACCGUAAAGCCCAUUGGAUUUUACGAAACUAGAGUUCCUGAUAUCAAGUGUAAAAGGCAAUGGACGCAAGCUUGUUACCAUUACUCAUCUGUGAUGGACAUACACCGGAAUACAAGGUCCAUGACCGAAUGGACUUGCGGCGCAACGCAAGCAACCAAUAACGACGGCUCUGCAACCGAUGUCUGGGGGUCGACGGCGGUGACGACAUUGGCCCAUACCAAUCAACAUUGGGGCUGGCCAUGGGCUAACGGCUUUAUACCACGUCGUGUUCUCAGGUCCGCUAACGGUUUGCCAAAGAAAGAUAAGCGCGGAAAUGAGAUUGCCGUUGGCUGUGACAGAGACGAAUUUCCGCCUCGUUAUUUUUGGCCCAAGGACGAGGAAGCGGAAAAGAAAGGCAUGGGGCAGCGGAUUCGUUUCGUCCCAUAUGACGAGAACCGUAAAGCCGGAGCAAUGUGGGCUGGCUUUUGUAACAAGAAUGGCGCCCAAUCUUCUACUACCCGGGCGGGUAUCGUGACAUCCUGGAUCCAGAGCAAGCACAUUAAGACGGUCAAUGCCAACAGUCGAAGCGCCCAGGGCGCGGACGGUACCACCACGGUCACGAGUUGGGUCUCGAUCGAAACUGCGAGACCCAUCUUCAAGAUCACUGACUGGGAUGGUCUACCAAAAGAUACGAAGUGGUACGGCCUCCAGGACAACAAAUGCUGGCCCAAAGAUUUGACGCCCCACGAUCCUGGGUGGGUUCUUUUGACCAACGACGAGUUUUACGGCCCAGCACAGCACCCCGAUCUUGCUCCACAUACGCAGAGUUAUAGAGGAUUACCCGAUCUCACAUUGCUGAGGCAAGUGUUGCAGCAGCGAAGGAAUCUGCCGCCAUACGAUUUUCGCAAGCUCGACCUUCCAGAGUACGAUGGGAAAAACAUCCGAGAGGGAAAUGGUGUAGGUCAAAUCCCAAGAGCAUACCGCGACAAUCUGCUACCCGGUAUACCCCGACCCAAGAGACGACGCAGAAUGAUUCUCGCCGAAGUGCAUAACGAGACUCAAGUUUGGGAAGAAGAAGAAUUUGUCGAGGAUUUCGAAGACUUGGACGAUGAAGAGUUUGAGGAAUGGAUCGGAGAGUAUAUGGACGAAAGUGGAGAGGCGUCGGUGACGAUGCCGAAGGAGACGGAAGCUGUCCAAACUCCUACUAGUCAGGGCGACGCAGCGACUACACCACCGUCUCAAGCAUCCAUCGCAACAAAUGGGCUUCCUCAUGCCACCCAUCAGUCUCAUGGAUUUUGA